GGGUGUCUCAAACCCUUUGGGAAGCGUAUCUGGCUGCAUCCGGCCUCGCCGCAUCCGGAUCUUUACCCCCUCUUCUCUGAGGCGUCCCUAGACCCCGAGGCCUGGCUCUCUUUUUCCAGUCGGGGCGAGCCCUUGGAUGAAUAGGACAAAGGGUGAUGAGGAGGAGUAUUGGAACAGCUCCAAGUUCAAGGCUUUCACCUUCGAUGAUGAAGAUGAUGAGCUCUCACAGCUAAAGGAGUCCAAGCGAGCUGUGAAUAGCCUUCGAGACUUCGUGGAUGAUGAUGACGAUGAUGAUGAUCUGGAGAGAGUCAGCUGGAGUGGAGAACCUGUGGGAAGUAUCUCAUGGACCAUCAAAGAGACUGCUGGUAAUAGUGGGUCAACCCAUGAGGGGCGUGAACAGAAGAGUCGAAACAACUUCUCCUCCUAUGGGCAGCUGUCCAAACCUGUUUCUACCUACUCCCUGAGCAGCCUUUUUAAAGGGAGAACUAGAUUUGGAAGUUUCCAGUCCCUUUCUGAUGCUUUGUCGGACACAUCUGCCAAAAGCUAUGCUCCAGAGCUGGGGAGGCCCAAGGGGGAGUAUAGGGAUUACAGCAAUGACUGGAGCCUCAGUGACACAGUGCGACGCCUCCGGAAAGGGAAGGUCUGCUCACUAGAAAGAUUCCGCUCCUUACAGGACAAAUUACAACUCCUAGAAGAAGCAGUAAGCAUGCAUGAUGGAAACGUCAUUACUGCAGUACUGAUCUUCCUGAAGAGGACGCUAAGCAAAGAGAUUCUCUUCCGAGAGCUGGAGGUGCGACAGGUUGCCCUGAGACAUCUCAUUCACUUCCUUAAGGAGAUUGGGGAUCAAAAGCUGCUUUUAGACCUCUUCAGGUUCCUAGAUAGAACAGAUGAGCUUGCGCUAUCCCAUUAUCGAGAGCACUUGAACAUUCAGGACCCUGAGAAACGAAAAGAAUUUCUUAAGACUUGCGUUGGUUUGCCAUUUUCAGCAGAAGAUUCUGCACACAUACAAGACCAUUAUACACUCCUGGAGCGUCAGAUCAUCAUUGAGGCAACUGAUCGACAUCUAGAAUCAGCAGGACAGACUGAGAUCUUCCGGAAGCACCCCCGCAAAGCUUCCAUCCUCAACAUGCCACUAGUGACAACGCUUUUCUACUCCUGCUUCUACCACUACACGGAGGCUGAGGGGACAUUCAGCAGUCCUGUCAACCUGAAGAAGACGUUUAAGAUCCCAGACAAACAGUAUGUGCUGACAGCCCUGGCUGCUCGUGCCAAGCUUCGCGCCUGGCAUGAUGUAGAUGCCCUCUUUACCACAAAGAACUGGCUAGGCUACACCAAGAAGAGAGCACCCAUUGGCUUCCAUCGGGUUGUGGAAAUUUUGCACAAGAACAGUGCCCCUGUCCAGAUAUUACAGGAGUAUAUCAAUCUGGUGGAAGACGUAGACAUAAAGUUGAACUUGGCCACUAAGUUCAAGUGCCAUGAUGUCGUCAUUGAUACCUGCCGGGACCUGAAGGAUCGUCAGCAGUUGGUAGCAUACAGGAGUAAGGUAGAUAAAGGAUCUGCAGAGGAGGAAAAGAUCGAUGCCACUCUCAACAACUUGCAUAUUCGAUGGAAGAAUUAAGUGGCAUUAGCUACCCUGAAACUGGCCUCAUUUCUUCCUUUUCUGCCUGUGAAAGAAGAGAGAGCUCUUUGGGAGAGUCACCGCAUCACCUCGCUUGGGCCCAUCAUCAACAGACAGUGCCUAAUAUUCUUGGGACAAAAACCCAUACCUGGGCACAGACAGCUUCAGACUGACCUGAAGUCCAAGGGCCAUUAUCUAGGGGCCAAGAUCAAAAGCUUUGAUUGUUCCUGAGAAAGACUCUCUCCACCUGGUGCUCAUGUGAAGGAGGGAGAGAAUUCUAGAUUGGGCCCAUAUUGGGCAAGAUCUCUCUUGGUCUGGGAAAAGUGUCUUACUCCAGAAAGGAGGUCUCCUAAACUGACAGGUACCGGGCAUCAUAGGGUGGCCACUCCAUUUUUCUCAGCUAGUUGUGACCCUGGACUUGAUGCUGGACAUUGGCAGUUCUGCUCUAAAAUGGCAGUAUCCAGGGGCCUCAGGAAGGAGCCAGUGUUGCCCAGGACUUGCUGGAGACCAACUUGCACCACACUGCACAUAGGCCUCCUCAUUAUGACAAAGAUGGCCCAUACAUUGUGUUUCUACAGUCAGUGCACCUCUGCUGUCCCAGCCUACCCCGUAAUGAAAAACAUAUGGUUCCUUUCUCACCUAUACACUGAGAUGACCUUGAGUAGGUGAUGAGACCAACUGCCUUUUCCUUUACCUCUCCCACCCCAGACCCACAACCUUAUAUGGAGCUUGGAUUCAGCAGUGCUGGAGAACUCUCCCUUUAUGCAAAAUCUCAUUAUUUUACCAGGUGCCUCCCGAAGUUUCACCUGGGCUACAUGUCUGACCUUCAGGAUAUUAAGAUGGAGGUUUUGUUUUCAUGUUUGGUUUUUGACAAGAUAUUCUGUAAUGCUGACUUUUUGCCCUGUACCAAUAUUAGCCUCCCUUCUCUGUGACUGAACUGGGUUUCCUGGACAUGCCAAGACUCCUAAUAAAACUCUUUCCUUCUUGGUGCCAUC